AUGUUUCACUAUAGAAGUAGUAUCAAAUGUAUAAGAUAUAUAUCGCAAUUUAAAAUACGUAGGUCGGACUGUGUGUCAUUCGGACCUUUAAAGCGAGUGAACGAUCCAAAAUUGUGUGCUAUUCGAGAUAAGGGGUUAGUUCUGGGUGUAUAUUUUAAUGAGAAUGUUAAAAAUGAGGGUGCAAUUUUAACGGCAAGUGGUCAAAAAUAUGACAAACAAUGUGGGGGCAAGCUUUGGAAUCAAUUAAAAUUGACACCGGUGCCGCGGCUCGGGGAGUACAGAAUCUUUUAUGAUUUGGACAGUACUUACGGCUAUGUAGCUGUUGCUGGUCUAGGAACUGAAUGCUUAUCAUUUAAUACAAUUGAGCAAUUAGAUGAAAGCAAAGAAGCUAUAAGAAUAGCAGCCGGAAUAGGUGCACAAGCACUUCAAAAGUUUAAGCCAUCUCUUAUUCAUGUGGAAUCAUUUGGUAAUGCUGAAGCGGCUGCAGAAGGCGCUACUCUGUCUACGUGGAAAUUUCAGGAAUACAAAAGUCCUUCAAAUAAAGAAAUUGUUCCAAAUGCUAGAAUUGAACUUUUCGAUGACUGUGAUUUUCAUGGAUGGAAAAUUGGUGCACUGAAAGCUGAAUCUCAAAAUUUAGCUCGUUAUCUCCAAGAAAUGCCUCCGAAUUAUUUAAACCCGACUUCUUUUGCAAAAAUAGCUGUUGAAUUACUUUGUGAAUUAAACAUCAACGUCGAAAUCAAAACGCAAGGAUGGGCGGCAAGUCACGAAAUGGGAGGUUUUGUUACUAUAGGUAAGUCUUCAAUUCAACCACCUCUUUACGUUGAGAUAAGUUAUUUCGGUGCAGACGAGUGCACACGACCCAUAGUACUUAUAGGUAAAGGGGUCACUUUUGAUAGCGGCAGUCUAGACCUCAAAAUGAUGAAAGAUUUAAUGUUUAUGAAAGGUGAUAUGGCAGGCGCAGCUUGUGUACUGGCAAUUACUCGCGCUGCAGCAAUACUUAAAUUACCUGUUAAUAUUAGAGGCAUUCUACCUCUAUGCGAGUUAAUGCCAAGUGGUAGGUGUCCGAAAUUUGGAGAUGUAAUAUCAAAUGCUCAUGGAAAAUCAAUUCACAUAAGAGUGCCAUCACGUGAAGGACGUCUCUUAAUCGCAGAUAGCUUAGUUUACGCUAGGAACUACUGGCCAAAGGCUAUUCUUGAUAUAGGGACGAUGUCUAAAGAACUAAUAUACUCAUUGGGAGGAGCAGCAUGUGCUUGCUAUACAAAUUCAGAAGAAUUGUUUUGUUAUGUUUCCACGGCCAGUAGUCAAACAGGAGAUAGAAUCUGGCGUAUGCCCCUAUGGAAGUAUUACGAAGAACGUAUAAAAGAUUGCGAAACGGCAGACGUAGCAAAUACGGCUCGUGAAGACUUCAAUGAUUCAGCAAACUGCGCCGCCUUUCUAAAACAGUUCGUUUGUGACAGCAAAUGGGCACAUUUCGACACGUAUAAUGUUGCUUACACAAAAGGUUACGACUUUCCUUAUCUUCAAAGAGGAAUGACCGGUAGACCUACGAGAACAGUGAUCGAAGUUAUGUUCCAAUUAUUAGCAGAUUCUAAAUUGUGAUGUAAUGUGUUGGAUGUGCACCUAAACAUUGUUUAUAAUAUUAUUUUAUUUUGUUUCUCGACAGCCUCUCAACAAGUAAAUUCAGUGAUUAAAGUCCCCCUAAAAACAUAUUUUCGAAACGAAUAUAUUAUUGUAUUUGCUAUAAUAUAACAUUAUUGCUAACAA